AUGCUGUUCACAUGGAUUGGCUCGGAUGGCAUUGACAUCAAAUUCAUGAGAAUCUCAAUGUACACAGCUCCUGCCCUUCUAGCUUUAGCAAUCAACUUUGCGUGCGUAAUUCUGCUUGUGAUUUUCUUAGACGAUGGACUUGAUAGGUUCAAUAGUCCAGAUUCGGACAAUGAUUCAACAUAUAGUAUUGCUGCUGCAGAAGAUUCUGAUUUGGAACGGAACUCUGUAAAAACGGUGAGAAUGGAUGUAAUAGCUGUAAUUGUUUGCAUGUGGACCAGAGCUGCUAGGAUGCUAAUCACCGCUAAUGUAGAAAGCAUUGGCUCGCCUUUUUCGCAAGUGAUGUUCGGUCUGGACAACAAGCAGGUGUUGAACUACAAUGCCAUGAUGCAA